AGUGUUGUCUAUUCAUCCAUCGGCUUCAAAUGUUUUUCUCUUUAUAAAAUUCAGUAUAGAAUUUAAAAACUGGUUAGAUAAUCAUCAUGGUAUCAUCAAGUCAAGAAAUUACUGGAAAAUGUUUUGUCUGUGACAAAGUGUCAAAGUCACGUUGUUCCAGUUGUGUCCAAGUUUUUUAUUGCUCUGUUGAACAUCAAAAGAAGGAUUGGAAAAGUCACAAAGCAAUUUGCACACCAAUGCGUGUUUGUAAUAAUGACAAAAUAGGAAGGCAUUAUGUUGCCACUAGAGACAUAAAACCAGGCGAAAUUGUUCUCAGAGAAUCUCCCUUAAUUGUUGGACCAUCACAAUCAACCGCUCCAGUUUGUGUUGGAUGUUUGAAGGAAUUAGAUCAGACUAGAUACAUGGAAUGUGAACGAUGUGGAUGGCCAAUAUGCAGUCAAAACUGUCAAAAUAAUGCCAAUCAUGUUAAUAAUGAAUGUAAAAUGACAGUAGAAAGAGGAAGCAAAGUUUCGAUCAAAAAUUUUAUGACUCCCCAUCCCACAUAUAGUUGCCUGUUGCCGCUUCGCUGCAUGAUGUUAAAGGAAAGUAAUCCAGAAAAAUGGGAGCAGCUUCUGGAGCUGCAGUCUAAUCAUGCCAAUAAAACCGGUUCUGAUGAAGAAAAGUUUAUUGAAGAAGGAGUUGCCAACUUUAUUACGAGAUUUUUCAAAUGCAACAAAUGGUCAACAGAUGAGAUUUCAAAAGUGAAUGAAAUAGCAAAAAUCAACGGGCAUGAAUUGCCUUUGACGUGCCCACCUUGUGUUGUCAUUUACUAUCGUGCAUCGUUUUUUGAGCAUUCGUGUAAACCGAAUUUAGCAAAAAGUUUUUCGGAUAAAAAUGAGAUCAUUUUUUGGGCACCAAAUGCUAUAAAAGCACAUACCAACUUAACUAUCUCAUAUACAGACGUCCUAUGGGAAACUUCUAAUCGUCGUCAUCACUUAAAGUUAACGAAACAAUUUGAUUGUGAUUGUGAAAGAUGUUCAGAUGUUACGGAAUUCGGCACAUAUUUCAGUUCACUUAAAUGUCAAAAGUGUCCGGAAGGAAUGCUAACUCCUGCCAGUUUGGGUGAUUGGAACAACGAUUGGAGAUGCACAAAUUGUUCGAACAAAAUGUCGAUAGAUUCGGUAAAUAAGUUCAUCAACCAUGCGGGACAAGAUUUAUCAGCCAUGGAAAAAGAAAAUGAGGAUAAUUGCAUCAAAUUUAUCGAACACUAUUCGAAAUGGUUAUCACCUAAUCAUUUCUACAUAACAGAUGUUAAGAUCGCUCUAGCUCAAAUUAUCGGAUCGGGAUUUAAUGGAAUUCAACAAGUUACUAUUGAGAGACUUUUACUGAAAGCUAAAAUAUGUAAAGAAUUAAUUGAUCUGAUUGAGAAAAUAGUUCCAAAUGAAGCGAGGAUACUUGGUUUGAUUAAAUUUGAACUGCAUACAGCAUACGCUGAAAUUGGUCGUCGUGCACUUCAAAACAAAGAUGCGAAUUGUAAAUCAAUGUUGGAGGAAUCGUUAUCAUACUGUCAAGAGGCAAUAAAGUUAUUGAGUAACGAACCAAAUUCUUUGCCAGAAGGCGGAAUAUGUAAACAAGCGAGAAUUAAUGCAUCAUCACUCUUGACACUUCUCGGAGGAAUGCUUGAAGCGGGAUUAUGAAUUAAUAAAAAGACAAUCAAAACAGAGAGAUAUUUCAAAAGCUGACAUGAAAAGUUUUAAGGAUGUUUCAGAUCUCAGAUCAUGAUUAAACUUAAGAAUGAAAAAUAUUUCUAGGUAUUAAAUUUGAAAUUUAUCAUAAUCAAUGAAAAUUUC